GGUCCUCGGCUAUUUCCGUCCGCUUUCCUCUUCGGUUCGGUGACUGACGAUGGCGAGCGGGGCGGCCGCUGGACGCUGUCCCCUUGAGGCGGAGCCGCUGUCGGAGGAAGAGGUGGCGGUCGAGCGGCAUUCAGAGGUGGGGAGGACGUUGUGUCGGAGCGGGAUGAAGAUGGGGAUGAACCUAGGGGUGCCAGGGGCUGACAAGCAGCCUCAGGCGGAAGCGCAGGAGGAGAAAGAGCAGCGGAGCCGGGGCCCAGUGCCAGAUGCAGAACUUGAGCAGAUUUCUAAGACUGACAUGACCUCACAACUGUCCAGUCUGCAUGUGUCAGAGGAAAGUGAAAAGUGCCAGAUGGAGCCUGGAAGCAGACCACAGAAUGUGAGACUGGUGACUGAAGACACACAAGGAAAUUCUAGGGAAAGUUCCAGAAUUCCACUGAAGCAGACAUCGGAGUCAGGAGAUGAACAGCCACUACAGGAUGUUAAGGAUAAUAAAGGGUGUGAGAUAUCUGCAACAGCACUUGCUGCAUACCGGGUUCGUAAAGUCAGCAGUGAUUCUGUGAUCAUUCAGUCUGACCACGGGGGUCCAGAAAAGCUACCAGCUGAUCCAUUAGAAGGCCCUGGAAGAGUUGUUCCUGUAAUUGAUGCUGCUGCCACCUGGAUUUCCACGGAGAUGAAUGAGUUCAAAGAGAAAAUCCGGAGGGAAAAAGCUGGAGUGAUGAAGGUGAACCGUGGAAACGUAGUGACAGUGCGAGUUCCCACCCACCCUGAUGGCAACUCUGUCUGCUGGGACUUUGCCACAGACACUUAUGACAUUGGCUUUGGGGUGUACUUUGAGUGGACUCCUGUGACAAACACAGAGAUUACAGUGCUAGUUAGCGAGUCAAGUGAUGAAGAGGACGAGGAUGAAACAGAAGCACCCCCUGUCCAAGGAGAUAUCGAGAGGGGGAAAGAUUUCUUCCGGUCUGAAUUGGAGGAGAUCCUGCCUGUGUACCGAAAGGACAGUCAUUUGGAGGUUCAGUCUGGCAGUCACAAGUACCCAGGACAGGGAGUCUACCUGCUCAAAUUUGACAACUCCUACUCGAUUUGGAGACACAAAACCCUGUAUUACCAGGUCAACUACAGCUCCUGAAGAAGCAGCUGCAGCAGCGCUUCCCAGGGGAAGGGGAACAAAUCGGUGUCCCAUUCCUCCAGAGAUACUCACUCUCUCUCCAAGACAGCCUCUUGUUUUCUUUCUCUGGCGAUUUGUUUUUCUUUAUGAAAAUCUGACUGGAGCUAAUGUGCCCAACAUCGAACCCUAUGAGCUUUCCCAAGCUCAUACAUAUCUGGCAUGUUAAGCAUCUUUUCUGUUUGUUUUGUUUCACAGUAUUGGCUUUGUGUUAUUUGUGUUCUUGGUACCACUGAAUUUAUAUAUAAUAUAUACAUUAAUAUCAUUUUAUGCUUAAAAAUUUAUUUUUGCUGUUUUGUUACUAUGUGCUUAUUUUGUAAAUCCAUUACUGUAUAUCCAUGAUGUGGAGGUGCUUGUGUUGGACUAGAUCAGAAGUCACAUGACAUCAGGUUAUAGUCCAACAGGUUUACUUGAAAUCACAAGCUUUUGGAGCACUGCUCUUUAGUCAUCUGAUGAAGGACCAGUGCUCAAAGCUUGUGAUUUCAAAUAAACCUGUUGGACUAUAACCUGGUGUGGUGUGACUUCUUACCUUUAUAACUGUAAAUGUUUUAAGGACCUAAGCUGCAAUGAUUUUCCUUGUGCAAUAUGUGGUUUAGGCUUGUUCUGUACUAUCUUCUGAGCAGUUUCCAGUUGCAUUCCUGUGUUUACAAGUUACCUGUUGCUCCUUCGUCCCAAGGUACCCUCUCAAAAAAGGAGUUAGAUUUUUUAAAUAAAAGAAUUAAGAUUUAACUCCCAUUCCAAUCAUUGGAAUCUGGGAAAGUUGACCAAGGAUGUGAAACUGGAUGUGAUGCAGUUGUGAAAAAUGAAUGUCAUUUGCAGCCUUUGCAAAACACAAUAUAUUUUGUAUUCUGUGUACUACCUGUAAAAAUAAAUAAAUAGAAAAUUGUAAACUUGA